GCCUUUCCUUCACCUACCUCUUUCCUCCCACCUUCCUUUCUUCCAGUCUACUCCUCGUCUUCCUCUCCACCAAAUCACGAAAUCCAGCGCAGAUUUGCGCCGAGGGAGCGCGUCGACGACGCGUCCAUGGCCGCCGCCGCGUUCUCCAUCAGGGAUUACGCGGCGAGCAUGAGGUGCAAGACAGCGGCGGAGGGGCUGCCUCUCUUGGGAAUCGAGGAUCUCCCGCCUCUCAGGGCGCCGAGGUGCCGGUGGUGGGCGGACGAACUCGCCUCCGCCGUGGCUGCCGCAGCUGGGGCGGCCUCCCCGAGGAGGGCGCCAGGGAAGGCGAAGCCGACGAAGAAGAGGUCCAUCUCCGACCUCUUCGCCGCGGCGCCCCCUUUGAUCGUGCCCCCCGCCGGUGAUGCCGGAUGCAAAGAGCAAACGGAGGUGGACGGCGACGAGGCGCUGUGCGCGAUCGCGAGGCGGGCCAAGGAGGAGAAGAAACGGAAGAGAAAGCUGCAAGAAGAGGAGGCGGGACAGAAGGAGGAGACGGCAGUUGCUGCCGCGCCGGAGAGCAGCGGAGGCUGGGAGCCCGAGGGGAAUUUCGCUGCCAGCAAGGAAGCACUUGAAAGUCCAAACCUUUUUGAUGGACUGGAUACUCACUCAUCACAGAAACCUGAGGCCUCACAACAUCACAGAGAAGAGAGAGAAAAGAUAUCUGAGAGAAGGAAGCAGGGGAACAUCAAUAAUAUAAAGAAGAAGGCUGACACACAAAAGCACAUGAACGGCAAUAAAGCCGACAAAGUGGGGAAACUACGAGAUUUGGAAAAUUUUAUCCCUGGGCAUGGCAUUUUAAAGUGCACAAAGCACACAUCAGUGAAAAUGGUCAAGGAGAAACAUGGCAAUUCAGAAGGCAAGGAAAUAAUAGAACUCUGCCGCAAAUCAGUGAAACGUGUCAAAUUCUCAGAAGCAGAUGCUAUACUUGAGCUACCAGAACAACAAAGUCUCUGCAAGAUGUUUUCAGAUGCUAUGGCUUCUUCAUCGUCGUCCUCGUCAUCAUCAUCGUCAUUCACGCCUACCGAAUCAGACAAAUGCAUAACUGCAGAAAGUGGUAGUUCUCAUAUUCCCAAGGAAGCUUUCAGUAAAGCCAAAGAAGCAAAUAAGAAUUCAGAUCAUGAGGAUUCUCCUGACAAAUGCAUAACUGCAGAAAGUGGUAUUUCUCAUAUUCCCAUGGAAGCUUUCACUAAGUCGAAAGAAGCAAAUAAGAAUUCAGAUCAUGAGGAUUCUCCUGAGCCUGGUAACAGAGAGAUGUUCGCUCCUUUGAUUGAUCUGAAUAUGGCGUUACCGGAAUCUACUGAAUUGGACCAAAGGUAUGAUUCAUAUUCAGAGGUGCCAAAUCUGGAGCAUACACAUGAGGGAACUUUAAGUUCUGAUGUCCAAUUGCUUGAUGGGAGAGAAAACCGGAUGAAUUUUAAUGUUGUUUCACAGAGACUGGAAAGCGAACAAUCUACUGCUGACUUGGAACGAACAACAAAUUCAAGUUCGGCAGGCACAUUUUUGCAUGGUGAGGCGAUAAAAGUUUCUGAUGUAGAUGCUGCUGGUCCUCCAUUGAGCUUAACUGAACUUGCUGAGACUCGUCGUGGUUGCAGUAAUGUUUCAGUAAAAGACACUAUGACUAUGAGUACGUCUCCUUUUGCAUUGCCAGAUCAUACAUUUCAGGAUUCAUUUCGGCAGCACCAGAGUUGGUUUUCCACCAGCAGCAAAUUUUCUUCCUGCCCAUCUCAUGAAUCUAAUGUGUCGCACAGUAAGGAGUUCAAUUUUCGUUCUGAGUUGAACAUGCCGCAUGAGAAUGGACCAUUGACAGGACUGACAGUUCGUUUGAUGGGUAAAGAUCUUCCAGUUUGCAUGACCAGAGCUGAAUUGUUUUCGGAGACUGCGCAGAGGCAUACAGGCACUUUCACCAAUGACUAUCUCAACGCAAAUGUGUUCUUGCCACAACCAGGACGGCCUUUUCUCUCUUUACAAGCUCAGAAUUUCCCCAAUGAUACAGUAAAUUCCACCAGUAUAAUUAAUGCUUCAACAUAUCAUGCAAGCGCAAGUCAGGCACGGUCUACACAUGAUUACAGCCACCCUUUCCCUGCAGCUAAUGUACUGUCUGGAGAUCAGUUGCCAUAUGAAAACAGGUUUGUUGAUUUUUCAAACUCGCAGACCAAUCGGCCUUUUCUAUUGGGCUGCCCACCUCCUCCCAAUCAUGGCAGUGCAGCAUUCCAACAGAAUUCCCCGUCGCGCCGUUAUUACUCUGAUCCUAUCACUAGAACAGAACCACCCACAGCACCACCUUUGCCUACAACCAGACAGCAUGGCACACCAUCUUCAGGUUUCCAUGCCAAUUUGCCUCAGCAACAUGUUGUGCAUUCAGCAAGCUCAUCAGUGGGUUUUACAUUCAACCAUCCAGGCCAUGUAGUUCAAGCACCUUCCAACAGCAUAAGAGAUGUGGCCCUUUCGGCCAGAAAUACAGACAACAGAAUGGGGAGCGCUGUUCUUGGCAAUUCCAAUGCUUCGCCUAGUGGUCGCUGUGUGCAGAAGAGAUCAGGCCCAGUGAAGCUCACUCCUGGGGCGAAGCAUGUACUGGUGCCAAGCGAUAGCACAGGUGAUGGCGAUUCCGCGCCUGUGUACUCAUGUGUUUCGUUCGCAAGUAGGAGUACAAAUGCUGCAUGUCCUCAGAACAGAGCAUGAUACCCUUUGUUGAACUUUUGCUUGGCUGCAGUUCCAUGAAUCUAUAAAACAUCGGGGCUGUUCUUAUUUAAUUUCAUUCAUUUAGUUGGAUCCUUUUGAAAAAUGUUUGUUACAUUUUUUUCUGCUUGUGAUAGUUGUGAUAUUUCAAAUGAUUUGCUUCCUUCGUUAGUAAUUAUUUCCUCAGCUGAACCUGAAUCCUUGGCUGGUGUAGCCUUAGACAUGUACUAUUUUAUAUUUCUGUAUUGUUACUUUUGGUCUGGAAGCUAAAUAGAAAAUGUUACCUACAUUUUGUA